AUGGACAACAGGAAUGAGUCAUCGGAAAAUCUAAGGAACAAGUGUGCAGCAUGCUUCAGACAAUUCAACAAAAUGGAGCACCUAGUGGAGCACAUGAGGAUCUCAUAUCAUUCGGUUCAUGAACCUAUUUGUGGAAUUUGUAAGAAACACUGCAGAUCUUUUGAAUCUCUAAGGGAACAUCUUAUAGGACCACUGCCAAAACAAGAAUGCAAAAAUAUUUUCAGCAUCCGAGGAUGCAAAUUCUGCUUAGCUAUCCUUAAUAGCCCUGAUGCUCGCAGGAGUCACCAAGAAAGAUGCCAAUUCUUGAGCAUAAAUUCUGGGAUACUUGCUCGCUUGGCUAACUUGGGCAUUCGAGACAAUUUGGGUACUAUUGAUAAUGGUGGAUCAGCAAGACGAGCACAAGUUGUUGCACUGGCUUGCAAAAUGGUUGGUGGUGGCAGUGAUGGCUCCCUAGAUCUUUGUGGAAGGGUCUGCCUGAUUGAUGAAUCUGAGAACAUCAUUUUCCAUACUUAUGUCAAGCCAACACUUCCUGUCACAAACUAUAGGUAUGAAACAACAGGCAUUCGACCAGAAUACUUGAGGGAUGCAAUGCCACUGAAGCAAGUGCAAAGGAAGAUUCAAGACUUCCUUUGCAACGGAGAACCAAUGUGGAAAAUUAGACCUAAAGGUGGAAAAGCCAGGAUUCUUGUGGGUCAUGGUUUAGAUCAUGACCUUGACUCUUUGCAGAUUGAAUAUCCAGCAAUUAUGAUCAGGGAUACUGCAAAAUAUCCUCCAUUGAUGAAAACAAGCAAGCUCAGCAACUCCCUCAAGUAUUUAACACAAGCAUAUCUUGGGUAUGAGAUUCAAACAGGCAUACAAGAGGCAUACGAGGAUUGUGUGGCGACAAUGAAGCUAUACAAUAGAAUGAGAUCCCAGGUUCAUAAAAUAGAGGACUAUCCGCUGGCUUCUGACCCACAAAACAGGAAUAAUUUUGCAUCGUGGAGGCAAAGUGAGCUCGAAAGGAUGAGCCCUGAACAAAUGUUGGAAAUCUCAAGGUCUGAUUACUACUGUUGGUGCUUGGACUCCAGGGAUUAUUAA